AAAACAGAGAGAAGUGUUCAACUCAAAUCUCCCGUGUCUUUUACGGUCAGUAAUCAAUCAUAUCGGUGACGCGACUUUUCGCCGGAGAAGUAGUAUCAGAGAGAGAGAGAGACACGGCGAACGCGGAGGAAGACGAAGAGCGUGGAGAGAGUCUUCUUCCUCUCUCGACUAUGAGAAACCCUGUUCUUCCUGUUUCCGAUCCUCCUCUCUCCGGAGAGAAUGAUUCCGACGGUAAAGGCGUCGACGAUCGUCUUUUCAAAGGAUCCGCCAUGACCAAACGUGGCGCUUACGCUGCUCUUUCUUACAUGGCCUGUGCUGUGAUGCUUGUUCUGUUCAAUAAAGCAGCUCUCUCUUCGUAUCAGUUCCCGUGUGUUAAUGUUAUUACACUCUUUCAGGUAUAUAUGCAAUUGCAUAAACAACGGUUAAUUUUGCUAUUACAAACUAUGAAAAACAUUACAUUCACGAGACUGUUUUCUUUUUGUUUUCCACAGAUGGUGUCUUCUACCUUCUUUUUAUAUUCAUUGAGGCGGAAGAAGAUCAUCUCUUUCACAGCAGCUGAUUCCUUUUCAGGUUCUGGUACUGUCUCAGCUUUUGUGCCGUUGAAGACAUUGUUCCACACGCUUCCUCUCUCAAUAGCCUAUCUUCUCUAUAUGCUAGCUUCUAUGGCGUCUGUUAGAGGGGUGAAUGUUCCCAUGUACACCACGCUUAGGCGUACCACGGUGGCUUUUACCAUGGUGAUUGAGUAUAUGCUCACAGGUCAGAAAUAUACCCGGUCUAUCAUUGGAAGUGUUGGCGUUAUCAUCUUUGGCGCAUUUUUCGCUGGAGCUAGGGACUUAUCAUUUGACUUUUAUGGAUAUGGUGUUGUUUUCUUAGCCAACAUAACAACAGCUGUAUAUCUAGCAACCAUCGCCCGGAUUGGGAAAUCAAGUGGCUUGAGUAGCUUUGGACUUAUGUGGUGCAAUGGUAUUAUAUGUGGACCUAUAUUGAUGAUUUGGACAUUUAUGAGUGGUGACUUGGAGAAGACAAUUAGUUUUCCUUUUCUCUUUUCUCCCGGUUUCAUGGUUGUGUUACUCUGCUCGUGCGUGCUGGCUUUCUUCUUGAACUACUGCAUUUUUCUUAACACCACUCUCAACUCUGCUCUCACGCAGACAAUUUGUGGCAAUAUGAAGGAUUUAUUUACGGUUGGAAUAGGGUGGAUGGUCUUUGGUGGACUCCCAUUCGACCUGAUGAAUGUGAUUGGGCAGCUUCUUGGUUUCUUAGGCUCUGGUUUAUAUGCAUAUUAUAAGAUCAUUGGGAAGUAACUACUACUCCAAAUAAUAAGAAGAGCCAAUAAAAAGCAGGAGUGGCCCUAGUUCAAGGAGAAGUUGUUGAACAGUAGGUUCCAGCUUUGGUUUUUGCAGGUGAAUUAGAGUAAUAGUAAUAAAGCGAGGCCUCAUUUUUCGAACUUGUAACUGAUUUUUUUUUUCUUUCUUUGGGAACUCUGCAUUUUCUUGUUUCUUUCCUUUUUUUGUAUAAAUCAUAGACAAGGAUGACUCAGUUUUCGUGGAAUCUAAUAUAAA